AUGUUGUUGAAACCAUUAUACCAUGGCCAUGUGCCAUUAAGAACAAUUGAUAGAGCAUUGAUGGUUAUAUCCUGUUCAGUUGGAGCGUAUUUCCAUCCAGAAAAUAAUAACUAUAUCAUUGGGUUAGGAGAAUCGACUGCAUUUAAACCUGUUUUGGAGAAACUAAGGGAUGGAAUGCUAAGUGAUAAGACAGGAAGACAGAUUUUGAGAGAGCGACCCAGAAUCACUUCUAGCUCUUUGAAUUUAAACUAUUUAAAGAAUCUCCCUUCAAACACGUUAGGAAAUACCUAUUAUAAAUGGCUAGAAAGAGAAAAGGUUUCACCAGAUACAAGAGCUCCAGUGAAAUACAUCGAUGAAGACGAAUUAGCAUAUAUAUUUCAAAGAUAUAGAGAAUGCCAUGAUUUUCAUCAUGCUAUAGCAGGUUUACCAAUUACAAUUGAGGGUGAAAUAUCGGUCAAAGCAUUUGAAUUUGCAAAUUUGGGGUUGCCUUUUGCAGGCUUUGGAACAUUGUUUGCUCCAUUUAGAUUGAAUGCGACUCAAAAAAAAAGAAUAUAUCAAAUUUACUAUCCUUGGGCCUUUUCAAAUGGAGUUAAUUGCAAAAGCUUACUUAAUGUGUAUUGGGAAAAGAUUUUGGAACAUGACAUCAAUGAAUUGUGCAAAGAACUACAGAUUGAAAAACCACCAGAUUUAAGGCAAUUAAGACGUCUUCAAAAAAUAAAGAAUAGAAGCAAAUAG